AUGUCCUUAGCGCCUUAUUGUUAUAGACCUAUUACGCCUCCAGAGGCUGCUGCUGGUCAGCGCGGUCAUCACCGCAACGUUUCCAAUUUCUCCAACGCAUCUUCAUACUACAACAGCGCCACCGACACCUCGCCACAGUCUGUCCUAACCACCAUCACCACGCCUAAUCGCUCUCCAGUACUACGACAGAAUGGCCCGACUCUUCUCCCCAAGAUCCGGACGCAGGAUUCAGGACUUACUGCUACGUCUGCUGGUCAGACUAAGGGUGCCCACCGGAGAGCCUCUUCGGUCAAUGUCGCUCAUCAAAGUAUUGGAGCUCAGCGUCCUUACAUGUACCGGAGCAGCACCGAGCCUGUCGAGUGCGCUACGCUGAUGUCGCCCAUCUCUAAUGCGCCUCGAUCAAGAGCUGCUUCAGUGGCUCCUUCUCCAGGCUACACCAAUGCCACUCUGGACCGGACCAAGAAGUGCCACAUUCGCUCCGGAUCCGCCUCCAGUAUCGACAGCAGUGUUCUAUCUCGCUAUGGUUACCCAACCUACCGCAAUGUACCCAUUUACGCGCCACAACAGCAGCAGACUCCGUCACCUGCUCUGUUCGCACAGGACUACAACGCGUAUGGUGCUGCGACUGCUCUGAUGGAUCCUCCUAUGAUCAACCUGGAAGGGACUCUGGACUGUCCGAUCGACCUCGAAUCAUUCUCUCGUCCAUCGUCCCUGUCGCCGCCUCCUCCGACGCUUGCCUCGCAGCCACCGCUCGAGACAUCGAGUCUUCUCGACUACCUCACUCAGCCUACCCAGCCCAUCAAUCUGGUCCGUCAUCUGAAUCCUGGCCCAGGUCGCGGUACAGUGAACUACUUCUGGUGGGACGUUCGCAAUCUCCGCACCUGGCACUCAUUCUCACUGCCUACAUUCUCGAUGCUGCCUGAUCUCAUGACACUUCUCAACUUUCAACAUGAGACUAGCUCGUUGCCUGGCUACUCUCCUUUUGGCUCGAAUCUCCAGACCGCCACCCCUGCCAGUGAAACUGAUCUUACGUCUCUCAUUACCAAGGUCUACUUUCCCCGCGCCAAUGCCGCCGCACUUCAUUCUCUUGGUGGCCCCAACAGCAUCGCCCUCUACGCGGCCCCGCAAACCGCACAGACAGCGGCAUCCGGGCCCCAUUUCCUCGCCAACUAUCCCUCGGACGGCGAUCGUACUCUCAGUGGGAUUCCGCGUGGCCGCGUCGUUGGUAUCUGCAAGACUUUUGACAAAUGGAACACGGGAAUGCGGCGUGAGGGCCCGGCUCGUAAGGUCGAAUAUCUGAAGGGUCUCGCACAGCUGCAGAAAUGCAUGCGCGAUCACAGCUGCAGAUACGGCUUCAUCAUUACCGAGAUCGAGCUUCUGUGCGUACGGGCCGGUUGCGACGAGAGAGGGGCGCCCUUCUUUGGCUACUUGGAGCUCGCCGAGGCCAUACCUACCAAAACGUCCUUCAAUAUCGAACCUGAAGACAUGAUGGAAGGUGAGGACAUGCCAAUGACGGCCACGCUUGCGCUUUACUUCCUGCUCAUGCUCGCGAAGCAGCACCCGCUGCCUGGUCAGCCGGGGAGCUUCAUGGACGCCGGUGCAUCCGGAGCGUUGAGCCGCCAGCGGAUCUGGGAUGGUAGUGAUGUUGACGAAGAGGAGCGAGGCAAGGAAGGCCGUGACAAAUGGAUGCCUGAACCACAGAUGGGCGAGAAGCGAGAGGCCAAAACGGUGCGCGGCUGGGUCAUGCCCAGCGACCCAUGGCACAAGAGGGAGGGCGGUGGCGGCAAGAGACGGGGUUGA